GGCUGCCGGUGUCGUCGUCGUCUGUGGGGCCAUGAACGGCUCGGCGAACCCGCUGCUGGACAAGGAGGAGCAUCCGCUGCAGCUGGGCGAGAGCUUCGAGCGGCAUCCCAAGGCCUCUUUCCACACCAUCCGCUAUGAUUUCAAGCCAGCAUCUAUAGAUACGUCUUGUGAGGGGGAGCUUCAAGUCGGCAAAGGAGAUGAAGUAACCAUUACAUUGCCACAUAUUCCAGGUUCUACUCCUCCCAUGACGGUGUUCAAAGGAAAUAAAAGGCCUUACCAAAAGGACUGCGUACUUAUUAUCAACCAUGACACUGGGGAAUAUGUGCUUGAAAAACUAAGCAGCAGCAUUCAGGUCAAGAAGACAAGAGCGGAAGGCAGCAGUAAAAUCCAAGCUCGUAUAGAACAGCAGGCUGCCCGAGCCUCCCAACCUUCUUCCACCCAGUUCAGAGCUCCUACAAAGCCAGCAGCUGGUCCCAAAACUUCCCCAUUGAAAGACAACCCUUCACCAGAGCCUCAGCUGGAUGAUAUUAAGAGAGAGCUAAGAGCUGAGGUUGAAAUUAUUGAGCAGAUGAGCAGCAGUAGCGGCAGCAGCUCGUCUGAUUCGGAGAGCUCCUCUGGGAGUGAUGAUGACACCUCUAGCAGUGAUGGUGAUGAGGCUGCGCACCCUUCUCCUUCUCAGCAGUACAACAACAGGAAUGUGGUUGCCAAUGGUACCAGCAGGCCACAAGGAAGCAAUCAGCUCAUAAACACACUCAGAAAUGACUUGCUGUUGAGUGAAUCUGGAAGUGACAGCGAUGAUUAGAACGAGGUUCCUCCAGGAGUUUCCAGUUGGAGAUGUGUAAAGAUGCAAGUUUAGUGGGCAGUAAGAGUGAUGUCGAUGUGAAAGCUGGUUUGGGAUGUGACUAUAGAAGUGCAACUAUAAGAAGUGUGUGACCAUUGGUGGUGGUGGAGAACCCAUAAUGUUCCAGAAACAAAGGCUUAUAAUCUGUUUACUUUUUGUAUAAAUUGUGUAUGUUGUGUAUAUUCUUUUAAAGUUUUAAAUAUAUGUGAAUAUACUAAUGUAAUACUGUUAUCUGUGUUCUUACAGGCUGAUUGAUACUCUGUAAAGUGUAAAGGAUUAUCAUUUCUGUGUAAUCAGUUAUGACUUCUGCUUUUAGAAGAGGUCCACCACGCAGUGUAAGGAAAAAAUUGUUUGUAGGGUAUAUCUGAGCCAAGUUUAAAAACAAAAUAGGAAUUGGAGUGCAAAUGUGAAAUGAGACCUAGUGGUAAGAAGUGAUACUGCAUUUGGGUUUGCUUAAAUGUGAAUAGCCACUUGCCUGGUUGCCUGUGAUGAGCAAGAACUGCCUCCUGGCAAGGGAGCUUUUGUAAACUGGAAGAGAAUUGGUUCUUUUUCCAUUGGGCCUCAAUGUGUCACAACUGACUGACAGAUAUGUGUGGGCUGGUAGGCUAAUGGAACCUUUCAUAGGCUAGUAAUUCUUAUGGAUUUCUUGGUAAGUCUGGCUUCAGGCUUUACGAAUGCCUUUUUAUUGUUACUGAGAGCUCAUAUCAUGAUGAAGUUUUAAUAUGGUAGUUCUAAGGCAUAAAAAUGCCUUUUUAGUACUUCCACAUAGGAAAUUCUGCUAUCCCAUCGUACACAAGUCUGCUGCCUGUAGGCAUUGCAGAAACCCACACCAGCCAUAACUUGGUGUUGCAUAAACAUGAUGAAGCAGACAUGUGUAAAUGAUCAUAGGCCCAUUCACAUGUUAUGUUCAACACUCGUACAAGCGUAUACAGGUACAGAACUACACAGACACAAUCAUUCUCAUGUUUUGCCGAACGCCGGUACAAAAAUACGCUUUCUAUCUGCACCAUGCAUUUGUAUCCAGGUUCAGUUUUAAAAUAAACACAGUCAUUCACAUAAACAUGUAUGAAUGUACAGACAUAUGUACACUCGUAUAGCAUAAUGUCUAAAUCUGACUUCUAGACCUCUUCAGACAUUAUAACUUUGCCCCAUUGUAGCCAUGUACAGCAGAACAAAGGGAGAGGGCCCCACCCCCGUCACAUCACUCAUGCGCACCCUGCCACUCACUGUUACAACUGGGCUUGUCUGAAGAGGAGCUUCAGACAGAGGGGGGCUUGAAGAGUCUCCCAAUCACGGAAGCACCCACCAUCACAGGGAGGGCUCUGCCAUCUUCAGGCAAGCCCCGUUGUAACCGUGAGCAGUGUAACCGUGAGCACACAUGAGUGAUACAGCGGGAACCGGACUUCCUCUCCCUUCGCCCCACUGUACACAGCUACAGCAUGGUGAAGUUAUGCUGCCUCAGGUUUAUUAGGAUACAUGAAAUUUCUCACACAGGAGUGAUCCCUGUGUUUUAGAAAUUCAUCUUCUUUUCCUAAAAUGUGGUGAAGAUGGCAUAGGAAUGUUAAGUCCCAUAGUUCUUCAAAAUGAGAAACAAAGAUAUUGCCUCAUAUAGAGGAAAGUUACUCAUUGCAUGAGUAACUCAUUGCAUAACAGAUCUUGCUUAUACAAAAUUAUCAGUUUUGCCCUUUAACCUGUAGCUCCGUUAUAGAGCAUCUGUUUUGCAUGCAGAAGGUCCCAGGUUCAAUCCGUGGAAUCUCCAGAGAGGGCUGGGAAGGAAAGGACUCCUGCCUGAAGCCUUGGAGAGCUGCUGCCAGUCAGUGCAGAUGAUACUGAGUUAGAUGGACCAAUGGUCUGACUCUGUAUAAGGCAGUUUCCUAUGCUUCCUUAUUAGCUGCAUUGAUUGCACCAAAUGUAUGUAGUGUGCAGAAGCUUGCCUAGUGAACUGUACAACAGUGGCAAUAAAAACCAGAAACUAAUUUUAAAAUCUUCUAAAAUAUAUCAGAUUUUUUCUUAGUGAAAGGCAGGGAUGCAAAAAUCCAGGUGUUCAGUAGCCAGUGAAAACUAGAAAGUUGGGCUUGGCAGCUGACACCAGGGCUUCUGUAGAGAUCAGAAAGCAGAUUUCUUCUACUUGGGCUCCAGGUUUUUCCAAAAGUAGUUGUACCUCUAGUCAAAAACCAUAUCAAUCAUGAACAUUUUGAAGAUUAUAUGGAAAAAUGGAAGAGGUGGAAUCCUCUUCCACUCAGUUAAAAAUUCAGAGUUCCAUUUAGUGUGGUGUAGUCUAGCGUUUUAAUUUCACAGACUGGGUGUGUGUGUGUGACUCUGUGUGAGUUGUUUUCUUAGGAAGAAAAGAGAUGGAGAACUUGGCAGAGUAUUCUAAAAUCUUAAUUAUUUUUUUAGAUUAAACUGAUUUAAGUAGAUGCAUCUGUAUACCAUUUUCUAUGUGGCUGUACACACAUUUUUAGAAUUGUUCAGUUUCAAAAUAAUGUUAUGUGCAGGGCUGGCCCAUCCACUAGGUAAACUAGGCAAUUGCUUAAGGCAGCAAGCAGGGAGGGGUGCUGAUAACCAGGGUCACAUGCCACUCAGCAAGCCAGUGUGGGUGCUCCCGUUGGGGAGGGUGCACACACUUCCCAUCAUAUGGGUGGGCAAACGAGCAGGCAUUCCACAUCCCUGUUGCCCAUCUGGCCACCCACUUGCUCUCCUCACCGCCUCCACCUGCUGAGGUGAAUAAUAAUAAUAUUUUUAUUUUAUUUUUAUUAUUAUUAUUAUUAUUAUUAUUAUUAUUAUUAUUAUUAUUAUUAUUAUUAUUGCCCGCCCACCCAUCUAAUUCAGGAAACAGGGAAUGCCUGCUCACACACCCACCAAUGUUCCCUCUAACAGGGAUUCCCAGAUGUUGUUGACUACAAUUCCCAGAAUCCCCAGCUACAAUGACUUUUGCUUGGGGAUUAUGGGAGUUGUAGUCAAAAACAUCUGGGAAUCCCUGUUAGAGGGAAUACAGCCACCCACCCCCUUGGACAACAGGGACUAUGAGAUAUUCAUCCAAAUGAAGAGAGCUCAUAACAAUAGCAUUUGGGGAAAGUUCCAGUACAGCACAACAGCAUGCUCUAAGGGCCUUUUCUAAUAAGGAAGAGAUGGGAACCUAUCGACCGUAGGAGUAACCCUGUAUAACUAGUGCCAGCACAGAUGUGUAGCAAAUGGAUGGGAGAGAUUGUAAGAGGGAAGUAAGGCAGAACUGGACAACUUUGUCCUGCUUGCCUUCUGUAGAAAGUUGCUCUAACCAUUGUUGCAAAGGCUUGUGUCAUAACAGCUACAAGUAAGGAUAGGACUGAGUUGUAAGGCCUUCAUUGAAUGCCUUCCCAUCGCACAAAUAUGAUGUGGACUGUAGGAAGUCUAGUGCUUUGCUAUAUCAUAAUACAGCUAUAACACAUUACAUACCAUGGCAUAUACUAUAAAACACAUUGCGUUAUAUGGUAGGGAGGUGAUCAUACUGAAUACUCAUCACUUGCUUGACUUUCUAAUCCAAAUAUUGAGAGAAGUCACCAGAAAGUCAUCCAUACAUUUGAGAAUGUUUUUCUCCAGUUCCAAAGGCUAUUUAGGCAUAUAGACAGGGUUGUGUGAUUUAGAAUCAUUUGUGCAUGAUUCUGCACAAAUUCUGCAAACGUAGAAUUAGGAUUGGAUGUAGUAUUCAGCUUCUGGAAGAAUCUCAGUUUUGUUUCUAAGCAACUUUCUAGCCCUUAUGGGUGCAAAGAUAGGCUUGAAUGUAUGCUGCCACUGCUUGCUGGCAUCUCAGGUCAGAGGGGUGUUCAAUAAGAUUUCCAGUGGGGAGGCGGGCAAGGCUUUAGUAUUCUACAGAGCUCCUUAUCUCUCCUCAUAACUUGCAGAAGAACAGAUUAGGUAAAAUAAGCAAACAUGUAUUUUUUACAAAUACAUAUAACACAACUUGUAUAGAUUGAAUCAUGGGAUUUGUUUAACUUUGGGAGUGGUAUAUACAAUAACCUUUAAACUCCAAAAUCUAGAGGGAGCUUGAGAUUGUACAGCCAUACUUUUUGUAUAGGAGGGGUUGUACUGGAUAUCUUUCUAAAAGGAAUAAGCCCCGUUUCCCAUAAGCCACAUAUCACCCAAUCAAGUUUAAAAGGCAGGAGGACCACUGAAGCAAUCAAGAACAAUUUCAAAUAUUGGAGGAAUUAAGACUCAAGUAGGAGUGAUGCAGAACUCAGAUGUACAAUACACUAUUUUUGAUGCAAUUGUGCCUCAUAUUUAUCUGCAUCAUUAUAGUCUAGACACAUGUAUGUUUACAUCUAUGUAAUAUAUAUUAUAAAUACACCUUGUAAAAUUUUGUAGGGUUUUUCUUUUAAAUAUUUUAUUUAAAUAAAAAAUUAACUUCA